GAGAGAACGUAUGGGCAACGUUGUAGUUAACAGCCAGCGGUAUGAAUAAAAAUACUCGUGGAGCAGAGCCAGGAGAUGGUUUACGAUCGUUGCGAAGCACCACGUUAUUUCGGGCUAUCAAUUUUGAAUUGUAUGCCAAGCCGAACAAAGCGAUCAUGAUUCUUGGCAUUGCGACAAUGUUGACUUGCUCAGGCUAUUUGUUUUAUAUGAAUCUUGGUAAAAAGAGAAACGAUUACCACACCGUGAUCGAAUCGGAUGAUACAGAGAUGUUGGUAAAAAGAUCGUCUAGAUGGUCGGAUUAAACAAGAAAGUUUUCAACGAGCAACAGUGUCGAAUCAUUUUGUAGACGAUUGAUUUACAAGCCAUACGUAACGUGUAUGAACAUGUGUACUUAUGUAAACAUUGUAUAUAGAUAUAAUUUUAAAACAGGCUUUCUUUCCUUCACGAAAUGUCCGUAUUUGUGUCUAUUCGUUUAUUUGUUGAAAAUACAUACAAAUUUUAUUGCAAAUUGACAUCUUGGCAGUAAAGGAUGUUUCUCUUUGAUCACGUCUUCCGUGUCUACUUUUUACACGUCUGUCAUUUAGGAUGAACAAGUAAAAGUUCCAAGUUUUCAAGAGAAUUGUUGCCAUAAAAAAUAUAUUCAUGAUAGUAUUAACAAUUUUAACAUACAUAUACAUGUACACAAUAUACAUGUACAUAAGUUGUACAUACUUAGUACUUGUUCUACAAUGAUUAAAAAGUAUCAGUUGCAA